GGAGAUAGUAUGUCUUAAGCCUAAUCCCAUCUCCGACCUAGAAUUUGUUUCGUUUCUGGACUCCCUCUUCUUACCAUCUCUAUUAGUGGAUGUAGCCAUGUGGGCAUCAUCCUUUUCUCUUCCUCCGCCGAUUCUUUCAACGUCUGUCACAACUCAGACAAACCGUAAAAGACUGACCUUGAAAGCAUCACUCUUCACGUAUCCUCUUGCAAGCAGAAUCAUGGUUAGAAAUCUACCAUAUUUGACGGAUGAAAGUAGCCUGCAAAAGGAAUUCUCAAAUUUUGGUGAGAUAGCUGAAGUUAAGCUUGUUAAGGACCAAUCCCCCACUAGAAAGUCCAAAGGAUAUGCAUUCAUCCAAUACACUUCUCAAGAUGAUGCCAUUUUUGCCUUAGAGAGCAUGGAUCAAAAGAUUUAUGACGGCAGAUUGAUUUAUGUGGAGAUUGCAAGACCUGGAAAAAAUGAUUUUGGAGAUUAUCCAAGAACCUGUGGACCACCAGAGAAGACGCAGCACUCUCAAGAUUUAGAGGAGGUGGCUGAAUGCUGGUACUGAUUGCAAAUCUAAUCGUUUAAUGCCAAGAGAAAAAUGGUAGCUCUAUGGUUCAUGUCAUUGAACUAUGAUCGAUCAGCUUGAUCAUCGAGCAUAUUUUCUUAUACUGUAACUGGGUAGAUCAUCUUGAAGCUUAUGUUGGUCACUUUGUCUCCGCAGAGAUAUAUUGAGAAAAACUGUGGUCUCCCUCUGGAGAUACAAAAUGGCCAAGUAUGAAACUAUCAAGAAACAUUUGCAGACUUUGUUGCUGUAUAAAACUCAAAAGGGAAAA